AUGUUGCGCGACUCGUGUUUCCGAAACACUGGGGACGCCCGGAGGCCCCAUGCCGCCUUCGACCGGGAAGGGGGCGGUCGAGAGACGAGGGCCCGUGGGGACACUGGGCGUCCGGCAGCGCCGGAGGUGCCGCAGGCCGAAGGCUUGCAGGCCACAAGCGAACAGCCUGUGCAGGAAGGCCAGGCCCGACCCGAGAGGCAGGUGGGCGGCCCCAGCGAGAUAUCGGUGCCGCUGGUGCAUGACAUAAUGGCGGUGGAGGCGCUGUGGGGCCUGGUGGAGGAGGAGGUUGAGGUGCCGGCCGCGGAAGAGGACACGCAAUUGCAAACGGAGGAGGAAGAGGAGCAGGAGAAGGGAGCGCUGGAGGAGCAGCAGCAGGGCGAGGAGGAGGUGGAGGGAAAGGAGGACAAGGAGGAGCGGGAGGAGGAGGAGGAACAGAAGCCGAGUGAGCAGGAAGGCCGAUGGGUGGAAGAAGCCCAGGAGCUGCAGGUGAAGCAGCAGAAGAAGGAGCGGGUAGAGUCAGGCCUCCGUCCUUGCCCUUCCCCACUGGAGGCUCUGGAGGCCCUUCAGAUAGAGCUACAGCCGGUGAAUAAACAAGCCAGCCGGGAGCACGCUCCACUCCAACUCAGGAUGUGGCAGAGGCGGCAGCGUCAUCUGGAACAGAGAAGUGCCCUUAUCCAGGGCAUCCGUGGUUUCUGGGCCAAGGCUUUUGUGAACCACCCUCAGAUGUCAGCCCUGAUUAGUAAGCCCGAUGAAAGCAUGCUUCGCCACAGGACCAAUUUGAAGGUGGAGGAACACAAGUUUCCCAGGGAAUGCCGGAAGAUCCUGCUGUUUUUUGUCAAGAACUCCUACUUCCAGAAUGAAGUCGUUACGAAGGAGUAUGUCCUAGGCCUUGCUGGGUAUAGGGCGUCUCAUUCCAGUCCCAUCCAGUGGCACCCAAGGUACAGACAGGAGGCCUACAGACGCAGGCAUGACAACAGCAGCCUCAACUUCUUCAACUGGUUCUCUGACCACAGCUUUGCCGGCUCUAGCAGGAUUGCUGAGAUAAUCAUAGAGGAUCUUUGGCCCAAUCCCCUGCCGUAUUUCAAGAUGAAGGAGGCCCCAGGAGAGAGAACUGAGAGGGAAAGAGGGAUAUGCACGAUCUUGAGAAGAGUAUGAAGGAGCAUCGCACUUCAUCGACCCCAGUGGAAACCCUUCCGAUGCUCACCGAUGGUCCACAAGAUUCUCCUGCCCACGAAAUGAGGACA